GUCAAGUUAGCAGUUUCGAGAAGGCAUUGUGUUUGGCUUAACCGAGAAAAGUAUAGUUGUGAAUAUGGGUUUAUUUUCUGAGCGCGCAGUUUCGUUGUUUUUGGUGGCGUACUUUAUAGGCUCAGUUCUUGCAGCAGAGGUAGAUGGUCUAGAAAAGAAACGAGGGGUUUCGUGCGAGAAAUAUAAGAAAAUAGACCCUUCCCAUACAGCUUGUAUUUCACAAUCUAAAGCUAAAAAGUCAGGCGUUUCUGAAAGUGACAAGACGGUCAUUGUUGACGCGCAUAAUGAAGAAAGAAGAAUAGUUUCACCGUCUGCUAGUAACAUGAUGGCUAUGAGUUGGGAUGAUGACUUGGCCAGUACAGCACAACGAUGGGCUGAUACAUGUCCUUCCGGUCAUGAUAAGUCAUACGACAGAGCUGAGUUUGGUAAAUUUAAUGUUGGACAGAACAUUGCAUGGGGCUCACCUGGCAUGAGUUGGACAAAAGCUGUAAAGCUUUGGGCGGACGAGAAAUACGACUACGAUUACAAUACAAACAAGCCAAAAGCACCAGGAAAAGUGGUCGGCCAUUACACCCAGGUUGUCUGGGCAACAAGUAUAAGAGUAGGGUGUGGUUAUGCGUUGUGUAAUCAAAGAGGAAAAGACACAGAUGUCUUCGUGUGUAACUAUGGCCCAGCAGGAAAUAUGCAAGGAGAAAAACCGUACACCUCCGGUACACCAUGCUCAGUCUGCUCCAGCUCUUGCAAUAACAAGCUGUGUGAUUGCAAGAAAGCUUUAUGUAAGAAUGGCGGAACAAUGGAUCCAAACUCAUGCUCGUGUACUUGUAAAUCAAAAUUUUACAAAUCGCCCGAUUGUUCAUUGGACUGUGGCAGUGGUACCGAACCUCCUCAUUGCUCAGGUUGGAAACAAUACUGCAGCAUGAUGUCAAACGUCCCUACAGACUGUCCAAAAACUUGUGGCUGGUGCUAAGAUCACCUUAACUAGCGGAGAGGAAACAUUGACAGGGAGUGAUGUCAUUUACUCUUUUCGAGAUCAUUGAUCAAUAUAGUUUCUUUUACCAUUCCGUCAUUGUAUAAUUGCUAAUAUUUAUUCAUGGAUAUAUAUAAUAUAUAAACAACUGUUACACUAUUCGAUUAAAUAUUGACUUUCACAUUUUAGAACAUGUAAGGUUCCACUUUUAUGUGUGUAUUUGUUCGCUAUGUUGUAAUGCUAGAACUGUCACAUAUAUACCAAAGAUCUAAUAGGAAGAUGCAUCAUAAUUAAAAUAUAUAGGUGCACAUUAAUAAGGUGGGUAUUAUCUUAUCAAAUAAAAUGUAUAAUCAAC